CCUCUCCACCGAAAUCCGGCCGCAGCACGGGCGACGCCACAGCGGUGAGUCUCGUUCCGCUAGUAGCGUGGUGGCCUGCCAACCCUUGGGAACAAGUGUCUGUGCGUGUGAGGUUACUCCGGCUGAGAGUGAAGAAGACAAGGUUGCUUCCAAGCGAGCGAGGUUCGAAAACCGUGUGUCGAAGCCGCCGAAUAGCUCGGCGUUGCCUGCCAGCGAGGGCAGGCUACCACCGGGCACCCCGACCACCAUCGAAAAUUCUCGUCUCCUUUGUGUGUGUGUGUGAGUGGGGGAGCACGACGUCGACGACACCAGCGCUGCGCCGAAAUUACGAACGACUGUACGACGGGAGCUAGCAGCAGGUGCUAGCCGCAAAGCGGAUGUCGUUGUAAUUAAAUCCUUCGUAAACCAACUACCUCAACGUCCGCGCAAGCGAACUACGACCGUCUGUCUCAGGGUCCUGUUGUUGUGUGGCGUGUCUUCCGAGAAUCGGGGCGAAGCGUUCCGCUACUUCUGCUCUGCAUCUGUUGCCAUAAGUGCCUUCUGCUUCUCCGCCUUCUGCUAGACACCUCGCUAGCAGACGUGCAACAGACGUCGUCUGCAGCAACGCCGUGGUUUUAGUGUGCUUCCGUAACAGGAACGAGUGUGUUUCACCCCGCGAAAUAGACCCUCCCGAGACCACAAUGGCCUGUUCUGCGGUGACCCUGUCGAUAUCGACCAUCACGGCCGUACUGGCACUGGCAUGCCUGUCCAUUUCGUUCGGCACGGAUAACUGGCUCGAGACGCGCGUGAACCGGACAGCCAUCAGACAGACGCUGCAGAAGGACACCGACGAAUACAGGGCGUACGAGACGAGAGUGGAGUACUUCAGCAGGGACACGGGGCUCUUCAGAAUAUGCUUCCCAGAGAAGAAGCCUAAAGGACUGGAGACCUUCAUGUCCCCGGUGCAGACGGAUUGCGUGAACGUCAACUACUACAUCCCCGAGAACGAGGAGUCGGACGGAUUCUCGGAGCAGCGCUGGGAACGACUCCACAUGGCCCGCUCGGUGGUGGCGCUGUUCAUCAUCUCGUUCUUCUUCGCCUUCCUCUCCUUCUUCACGGGCAUCGCCGGCUGCUGGAAGAGGUCGAACAGCAACAUCAUCGCCACCGGUCUGCUGCAGAUACUCGCAGCCUUGACAGUGGCAGGUGCGAUGGGACUGUGGCACGGUGUUGAGUACUACGACUUCAAGAAGCUUCACGACAGUCAGUCCGUCUACUCCUGGCCAGCCAUCCUGCGGCGCAAGGGAGUGACCGACUUCGCCUACGGCUGGUCGUACAUGCUUGCCUGGGCCGGAGUGGGCACCAGCCUGCUCACGGGCAUUCUCUUCCUGGCAUCGGCGCGCUGCCUGAGGCGCGAGAAGAAGGCCGACCAGGCCAAGAACAUGCAGUACCUGAUGCCCGUCUACCCCGACAAGAGACAGCCGUACGGCUACGCCGCCUAUCCAGGACCAUACGCCUACCACCACGGCUCGCAGUACGGGCCGUACGGAUACUGAGACGCAUCCCCCAUCACACAACUCUUUUUCUCGACGUGUGCGCACAAACAAAAACACCUCACCACCACGAGAACACACCUGCCAGGUGGCUCUGCUGUCGCCACGGAUGGCAGUGACGUCAUCGCUCUAGCUGUACCAGACGAAACAGCUAUUUUAACAAAAUGAAAUUAGCAGAAAUGAUGCAGGACACAAAGAGGCAGGCAAGGAUAAGUGCAUGUCCUUCUCUGCAUCGUCUUUAUGUACUGCUUCGUUUGCACUAAUUGCACUUCGUUAAGAUGCAAGUUUAACUAGCCCAGCAAUCUCUCCAACUGGAUAAAUGCCUAAGAGGGCUCGUUCAUAUUUAAAACGCGGCGGUUAAUGCAAACCUCCGGUUAGGUGGUGUCUAAAGGGCCUGUCCAUUCGGAGCUUUGCGCAGGUUGUCCCAAGCAAGAGCCACAAAUCUCAGAGGCUAUGCUUUUGUAUACUGCAAACGUAGGAUCCGAUCACGGGGUCAGUAGGGGGGCGGGGGCGGACAUAAGCGUCAGAGUCUCCCGAUUCUGCCCUCACAACUUCCGCUUCCGUUAUGUUGUAAACCCCUCCCUUUGAUAAUUCUGAUACUUAGCUACAGCUGGAAAGAACCACAACCCUGUGUGUGUGUGGUUUGGCUUCCCGGGAAGCGUAUACAGGCGCAAAGCAUUGUGCCAAUCACACUUAGCGUAAGAACUAAUGAAAGCGCCACAAUUGCGUGCUGUUUCUUUCCAACCUGAUGAGUUGAAGGCGAGGCCUAACUUCUUCGCCACGCUUAAGAAAAAGGAAAUGUAAUCAGUACCACAGCGUUGUUUUUUAUCGCACUAGGCUUAGCAUUAUUCGAGGCUUCAGAAGACAAUGUUCGCGGAAGCACCAUAGCUGCGCAUUUUGGCACUUCGAAGCACGGAUAGUUUUUUCGGCAGUCGCAGAUAUCAGACUGUUUCUCAAGCCAAGGAGCAACACUGUACAAUAUUUGCACACCAGCUUAUCCAGGCCGAGAUAGUACAGGCGUUAGGUUUAGCAUCUAAAACAUUGUCAGGCUUAACAUUAUAUGGGAAGAAAGAAUUAUACAGUCACAUUGGCUCAGGAAAACAGGCGUCAGGCUUAGCGAGACGAUAUAGUUAGACGAAAAAUUCGUCACACAGCCGUUACUUCGACAAUUAGGAGAAUUAGGAGCACAGAUAGCCUUACCCGAAAAGGAUAGCGAUCGCAUAUGUAAAAUGUAGCCAGUAAAUAGAAUGAGAUAUUGGUAAGAGCACGUGAUCGAAAAUUUAAUUUAUGUUUUGUUUUUAUUCGCUACUGUUACAAAUAGUACGAAUAGUGGAGAGUUGAAGGUGUUUUGUACGUCACAGCGGCU